AUGAAGGUAACCAAGCGACCGAUCUACGCCUUCACUAAAUGGCUCCGCCGGCAACCGCCCAAAAUGAAGCUAUUUCUGGCCAUUCUCUCCGGACUCAUAGCUCUUCUUUUUCUUCGCAUGGUUGUUCACGACCACGACAGCCUCUUCGUAGCGGCUGAGCUUGUGCAUGCAUUAGGAAUUUGCCUCCUCAUUUAUAAACUCGCUCAGGAAAAAACAUGCGCCGGACUCUCGCUUAAAUCACAGGAACUCACAGCUAUAUUUCUAGCUGUUAGACUAUACUGCAGUUUUGUCAUGGAGUACGAUAUACACACCUUACUCGAUACUGCAACAUUGGGGACGACCCUCUGGGUUAUUUAUAUGAUACGUUUCAAACUGAAAUCCAGUUAUAAUGAUGAUAAGGACAACCUUGCAAUAUACUAUGUGGUGAUACCUUGUGCUGUACUGUCUUUACUCGUUCAUCCAACAACCCAGCAUCAUACUGUUAACAGGAUUUUCUGGGCUUUUUGUGUUUAUCUUGAAGCUGUGUCAGUUCUACCUCAAUUGCGAGCCAUGCAAAACACCAAGAUUGUUGAACCAUUCACAGCACACUAUGUUUUUGCCCUUGGAGUUGCAAGGUUUUUGAGUUGUGCACAUUGGGUCCUCCAGGUAUUAGAUACUCGCGGUAAACUUCUAACUGCUUUGGGUUAUGGAUUGUGGCCUUCUAUGGUGCUUGUAUCAGAAAUUGUCCAAACCUUCAUCCUGGCAGAUUUUUGCUACUACUACAUCAAGAGCCUUGUUGGGGGACAACUCAUUGUUCGGCUUCCUUCUGGAGUUGUGUAA